AUGAAAGUAGAGCACACAGACGCCACUCCCGACCAGAUAUCUUACACAGAAACACAAACUUCCAUCGUUUUCACCACAAUUAAAACAAUAAUGUUAAUUUUAUACUUAUUUUCAACCACUGUCAGUUCAAAUCGUAAAACACGUUUUGUACGGUACCGCUCAUGGAAUUCACGAAUGUAUCCAGUGUGGAGGGACGGCGAUCCCAGAUACAGAGACUGCUGGAGAGGAGGAGAAGUAGCAUUCGACAUCAAAAGUGAUGCCCCUACAUUAACUGGCGCCAAGGCAUCCUUCACUAUCAACGUCCGCUUUCCCCAGAACCAGACAGUACUCCAGAAUGGACAAGUGGUAUGGGCAAGAAACUGCACUGUUAAUGGAACACAGUACACCCAAGGACAGGCAGUUUAUCCAGAGCGCAACACCCCAGAUGAAUGGACUGGUGUCUUCCCUGAUGGCACACCCUUCACCAGGACUUCAGGGCGAAAGCCACGUUACAUUUUUGUGUGGAAGACAUGGGGAAGAUAUUGGCAAGUGGCUGACGGACCAUCCUCCUCACUGACAAUUGGCACAGACAACAUUCCCCUGGGGUCCUAUAACAUGGAAGUGGUCAUCUAUCAUUGCCGUGGCAAAGACAAGUUCAUCCCCUUGGGUUAUGCUUCCACCCAGUUUGCCAUCACUGAUCAAAUCCCCUUUGCAGUGACAAUGUCCCAGGUCAACGAUGUCAACCAGGCAGACCAAAGCUUCAUUCAGAACCGGGCAGUGGCCUUCAGUGUGAACAUACAUGAUCCCAGUCAGUAUCUAAGUGGGUCUGAUGUCACUUUUAACUGGGACUUUGGAGAUAACAGCGGGACCCUCAUCUCAAGGGAGACCACAGUCACCCACACCUACCUUGCAACUGGGUCGUUCAGACCACAGGUUGUCCUCAUGGCUGCCAUCCCGAAUGGGUGUGACCCUAACCCUACUCCUGGAGGAGCCACCAGUGUACCUCCACCACCCCCAGUGGAGAUAGUCACCACAGGUGAAAAGAUCUUGGAUCCUCUCAUAGCCUCGGCAGAAGUGGUGGUAGUUUCUACAGCAGGAGCUAUAGCUACAGUGAAUCCACCAGUACCCGUCCCCACAGAACAGCCCUCUGAUAACACAAUUGCUGUUCCUGAUAAUGCUGACGACAUUGCCCUAGCUGCGUCCCCACAGCCAGAUGAGGCAGCCCCCGCUGCGGACGGACAGUUAGUCGCCUCUGUAGCUCCAGCUGCUGCUGAAGAUGCGGCAACAGGCACUGACACAGAGGCUGCUGACCCUGCUGCUGCUGCUGCAGUUCCAGAGGAUGCAGCUGUGGAGGGGGUGACCGUUCCAGCAGCGGCUGAAGCGGCUGAUGAUGUGACUGCGGACAACACUGACAUGGUUGCUGAUGCCGACGCAACAGAGGAAACAGCAGAGGCAGCGGUGGAAGAGGAAACCGCUGCAGAUGAGACUGCCGCGGUUGAUGCUGUCGCCUCCAUUGCUCCUGCUGUGGAAGGAGAAGAUGGCACAGUUGACCUGGCAGCCACUAUCCUCCCUGAAACACCUGCCGCAGAUGCAGCAGCACCAGCAGAAGAGGUUGUGGCAGUGGAGGCAACAUUGGAACCAGAAGUCCCUCAGGUAGAAACAGUGGCACCUGUUGCCAACGUCAUUAAUGUUGCAGCCACGGACACUGCAGUUGUGGAGGUAGUGGAGACUGUCGCACCAGCAGAGGAAGAUGAGGCUGUAGAAACAGUGAAUGAAGUUGCCGCAGUAAAUGAAGCAGAAACAAAUGAAGUUCUGGCUACUGCAGCUCCAGCAGCAGUGAAUGAGAUAGCUGCAGGUGUGGAGGUAGAAGCUGGAACAGAAGCUGCACCAGUUGCUCUAGUAGUGGCAAAACGUCAGGCACCAGAGAUGCCAGCAGAUGGAAACUGUAUGAUCUACCGCUAUGGCUCAUUCUCUACUACCUUAGACGUUGUCCAGGGGAUUGAAAGCGUGGAGAUUGUAGAGGUGAACAAUGUGGUGACCCUUACCACAGAAGUGGAGCAGAAUGCUGUGGAUCUCACAGUCACCUGUCAGGGCAGUCUGCCAAAUGAAGUGUGUACAGUGGUGUCAGAUGAAGACUGUGUGACCCCCGUCCAGACCAUUUGUAAUGCUGUCAGUCCAGCCCCUGACUGCCAGAUGAUUCUGAGACAGUUCUUCAACGACUCUGGAGUCUUCUGCAUCAACAUUUCUGUGACUAAUGAUGUCAGCUUAGCUAUGGCCAGUGCUAGAGUCAGCGUGUCAGUAGGAUCCAACACCUCAGCUGGGGGCACUGUUGCAGCAGUUUUGGGGGUUCUUGUGCUUGCCUGUGUUGUGGGGACCCUUGCUUUAGCCUACAGGCGCUUUAAGCAGUACCAUCCACUGAGAGAGGAUUCAGCAGGCACCACGCUGGGCAGCUCUGCAAGGACCUCCAUGCCCUUACUGUUGUGGAACUUACUGAGUCGACAGUCUGCCGGAGAGAGUCGUCCUCUGCUUCAGGGAAGAGUCGUGUAA